UUGCUCUCGGCUGCAGUCGGGCUUUUGUGUGUCUCAGUCUGACCAUCAAACCCAUCAGCAGGCUGGUUUAUGGAGGUUAUAACUGGUAACUCUUACAUCUCUUACAUCUCUCACAGGGCCUCAUCCUCAGCCACGUUUUAAAGGAAUAUAUAAAGAAAGCACUGCGGAGGACUUUGCACAGGAGAACUAGUUAAUCGGUAUGGGACAGGCGGAAGACUGAGUCCACGUUAGGAGUGCUUCUUCAGGCCCUUUAUACUCCUUCUGUCGACGUGAGAAUAAAACAACAAACAAACUAACUAACGUGCAGUAAAGACAGAGACCAGGACGCAUGUAGCCGAAGUAAAGCUGCAAAACGGUGCAUUCAAGGCUUGACGAUGGGUUGCGUCAGGAGUAAAGAGGACAAGGGCCCGGCGCCAAAGUACCGGCCCGACAACUCCAACGCCACGCCAAACAGCUCCCACCUGGGCCACUACGGGCCCGACCCCACCCUGAUGGGUCACUCGCCAGCUAUGAAGACACACAACAACAGCUACAACAGUCACGCUGCCAGCCUCACGCCCUUCGGCGGGGCGUCUUCGAUCAUGACCCCGUUUGGCGGGGCCUCCACCUCCUUCACCUCCGUGGCUGUGAGCAGCCCUUUCCCCGGUGUCAUCACAGGUGGUGUAACGUUUUUCGUGGCGCUGUACGACUACGAAGCGAGGACGUCGGAUGAUCUGUCGUUCAAAAAAGGGGAUCGCUUCCAGAUUAUCAACAACACUGAAGGCGACUGGUGGGAGGCUCGCUCCAUCAACACCGGACAGAAAGGUUACAUCCCCAGUAACUACGUGGCUCCAGCCGACUCCAUACAGGCUGAAGAAUGGUACUUUGGUAAAAUGGGCCGCAAAGAUGCUGAGCGCCUCUUAUUGCAUCCAGGGAACCAGCGGGGCACUUUCUUGGCAAGAGAGAGUGAGACGACCAAAGGUGCCUACUCUCUGUCUAUCCGGGACUGGGACGAGGUGAAGGGAGACAACGUCAAACACUACAAGAUCCGAAAGCUGGACAACGGCGGUUAUUACAUCACCACUCGGGCCCAGUUUGAUGCGCUACAGAAGCUGGUGAAACACUACACAGAACAUGCGGAUGGUCUGUGCCACCGGCUGACAGCUGUUUGCCCCACGGUGAAGCCUCAGACUCAGGGACUAGCUAAAGAUGCCUGGGAAAUCCCGCGAGAGUCCCUUCGACUUGAACUCAAACUUGGCCAGGGCUGCUUCGGAGAAGUCUGGAUGGGCACUUGGAACGGCACUACCAAGGUGGCCAUCAAGACCCUGAAGCCCGGCACCAUGUCCCCUGAGGCCUUCCUGCAGGAGGCUCAGAUCAUGAAGAAGCUGAGACACGACAAACUGGUGCCUCUCUACGCCGUGGUGUCCGAGGAGCCCAUCUACAUUGUAACUGAAUUCAUGGGCAAAGGUAGUUUGCUGGACUUCCUGAAGGAGGGCGAUGGUCGAUAUCUGAAGCUGCCCCAGCUGGUGGACAUGGCUGCACAGAUCGCAGACGGCAUGGCCUUCAUCGAGAGGAUGAACUACAUCCACAGGGACCUGAGAGCCGCCAACAUCCUGGUGGCUGAUAACUUGGUGUGCAAGAUCGCCGACUUUGGCCUGGCUCGGCUCAUCGAGGACAACGAGUACACCGCCAGACAAGGCGCUAAAUUUCCCAUCAAGUGGACGGCCCCUGAAGCUGCUCUGUACGGCCGCUUCACCAUCAAAUCAGACGGGUGGUCGUUUGGCAUACUACUGACUGAGCUGGUGACCAAGGGCAGAGUACCGUACCCAGGUAUGGUGAAUCGAGAGGUACUUGAGCAGGUAGACCGAGGUUACCGCAUGCCCUGCCCCCAGGGCUGCCCCGAGUCCCUCCACGAGAUGAUGAGGCACUGCUGGAAGAAGGAUCCAGACGAAAGACCGACCUUCGAAUACAUCCAGUCGUUUUUGGAAGACUACUUCACGGCCACGGAGCCACUUUACCAGCCAGGAGACAACCUCUAGUCUGGAGGAUUUUGGGGAGGGGAAACUCUGACAUCAUGCGGAGGAACGUCAGUGGAGAACAGAGCUUUGGACAAGGGAGAACUUUAACAUGGGGGGGAAAAGCCUUGAUGAGGCUUCAGAGAAAGAGCAGGAAUAGAAAGUUCUGAAGUAGAGGUCUGUCCCGUGUUACCCGGGAGACAAAUAUGUGGCGGAGUGUCCAACUGUGCAGAUAGAUGCUGGUAUGUUAAACUCUGGGAACCCUGCUUAUCAGAAUAAUUCAAAUGAACUGGCCACAACACUGUGAUGAAAAUAAGAGGGAUUUGUCUUCUUCUUAAUUAAAAUCAAUGGCUUCUUACAGAUUAUUUUUUUUUACCUUUUUUUUUAGAUGAUAAAUUUCCCCAUCUGUCUUCCAAUUCCCCCCUUUUUAUUUUAUUUUUUACACACAGUCCUUUAAUAUUGGAGUCAAGUUUUUCUUUUGUAUGUUGCGAGGUUUGGUUUGAAUUUGUAGGUCGACAGGUUACGUUUUUGAAGCGACGACCAACUGUGGUUGAGUUUUCCGGAAUGCGCCGCUGCGUCUGUAAAGCUUGGAUGGAGGAGGUGUGAGGUGAAGUAAAUGGUGACUUUAUGGAUGGACGAAUGUACAGAGAGAUCGAUGCAGAUGUACAUAAAGUACGUGCAGAAAGAUGUAUUUUUUAGCACGUUUGAUCAGGUGGAUGAAUGGGAACAUGAGAAGACCGUGUUAAACAUCCGACAAAUUAUAUUUUAAUACGGUCACUUGAACGGCAAUUUAUUACACUUUUUCCAUUCUUUUAAUUUAAACAGGGACUUGAAAUCAUAAAGAGGUAUUUUGAUAAUAUACACAUGUUGAAACAUUUUUCCUGUUUAACAUUUUAUAAAUGUUUUGACAUUUCAGCUGUGAAAAAGAAAUUAGCAUCUUCUAUCGUCUAUUUUUUUGAUGCACAUUUCUGAUUGCUGUAACAUAUUUCUCCUCAUGUCGCACACAUCUACACAGUUUCACAUUGCAGAACGUGAUAGAUGGUCCAUGAAUCUGUUGGAUCUAUUAAAUUCACAUCAUCAUGUAAAUCAUAGACACAGCUGUAUUUCUUUCUGUUCUUCUCAGUUAAAUCCCUACAAACUAUGACUUAACAUGACGUCAGUGUGUCUGCUGGAGGGAAAGUUUAAUCCAAAACCAAGAACAUAAAUCAAAUCUUUUCAUUUGAAAAUGCAACUAUGCAAAAUCAACCAGUGAUCUUUAAUGGAACACAAAUUGUGAAGUGCUGUUUGCCUGUGUCGAACUCCCCUUUAUGGUUUUCUUACCUUGAUUCCCAGUUGUAGAGAUGAUGAUCACUUCUGGAGUGAAGUAGGUAGAACCAGACAAAACAAACACCUUGCGCACACACUGUGGUCGGGUCAGGGAUUUAGUGCUUUUCUAGGUGUUGAGAAUAUAUGAGUCCAAUAACAAGUUCUUAGAGGUACUUUCACUGUGAUGUGAUGGGAAAUCUGAGGAGAUGUAAAAGGCAUCUUCUUAUUGUCGUUCAAUAAGUGAGCUUAAAGAUUGGACAAAGAUGUGAACUUUUUGUUUUUUGUAUUUUUUUCUGUGCGUCACUCACAAGAACCUAAUAAGUGAUUGUUCCUAAAGAUGGGACUUGAACUAGUGGGGAGAUGAUAAUGAAAUAACUGAAAAUGGUAACUAAUAUGAUUUUGUACAGAAAAAAAUAAAAGAUUUACUCAAA